GAAAACCCUAAAAAUGGAAGCCGAUCAAACGGUUCUUUGCCAAUUGCUUGCCGUCGACCUCAGCGACUAUUGCUACAGAGUUUGUUCUCGCUGCGAGAGAGUCCUUCCCGGAGAUAAUAACAAGGGCGUCUUCCCUUCUUCUUCCUCGUUAUGCAAAUUCUGCAAAUCAAACGAACCCAAGCUGCUCUACCGCAUCCUCUUGUCUGUAGUAACAGAUACAUCAGUUAAAACUGUCAUCUGCUUCGAUAGAGCUGCGACUGUUCUCUUCGGUUGCUCAGCUGAUGAGUUUUUCCACUUCACGAAGCUCAAUCCUAAAGCUGCAUCUAUGGUUAAUCAGGUCUUUGAUGGAGAAAUGCUACGGAUGACGUUGACUCGGCCUAAGAACCUUAAUGCGCAGCACAUGAGAGUGACUUCUGUUGUUCCCCUAAGAUCAGGGUUUCAGCCAGCUAUUGUUACACUGAGACAGCUCUGCUGCACAAAGAGUGCUUCUUUAGGGAAUUGUUCUACAACAAAUUAUAGUUUCUAAAUGUUGGAGUCAAACAUUAUGUGGUGGCCUACAACAAUCACAAGCUUUAGGACUGGUUAACAAUUGAUUUGUUGUCGGUGAAAUAGUCUGAUUAUUUGUUAAAAAGUUCCUCAUCGUCUAAAGCAAAUGUGAUGGGAUUAAGUUCCAUUUGGGUUGUCAAGAUAAUGAGUCACUGUUUGCUAACUUGGGUUCUUGUAAGAUGAAUGUUAUCACGUUUCUUGUUUCUUCUUGAAACUCUAGAUUGUGUGAGAAGCUCAAGACUCUUAGAUAGUGAAUCUCUAGGACAAGCUCCUUCCUGGCGAAGAGUAGGUUCCAAUACAUUGAUAGAUACAUACUCGUGUAACUGUGUGUUCUUUUUCUCCAGUUUUUUUUUUUCUGCUUUGGUGUGUUUUUUCGUUGUUACUGUUAACUAGCUAGAGGAAGAAGACAUAGCUAGCAAACAUAUGUAUUCAUCUUGUGAAAUUAG